CCCAUACCAAGACCCGAGUCGGAAGCCAUGUCGAUUCCCGCCUCCGGCAGCUUCAAUUUCUCGAAGCUUUUCAGCCCCCGAAAAAACCUCCAUCUUCUUUCCCAGCAAUGCCCAGUUCCACACCAUAUUCUCCAAUUCCACGUCUUCGGUUGCAGCUCCAAAUCCCCCGACUUUGUACCCUUAAACCUUUCCUUCCGGAAUACUGGACGAGUUCAGAGAUUCAAAUGUACUGGUGGAUCGGAGUCCGUACAAGCUUCUCCAACCUUGUCGAGUGGUGGAGAGGAAGAAGCGAAGCUAGAUGACGGUAACAGUGGAGGAAACGGACGAUUUCCCUCCGGAAAUGGCGGCGGCGGUGAAGGAGAAAAUGAGGGUAACGAUGAUGAAGAUGAGUUUGGACCGAUAAUGAAGUUCGAGGACGUUAUGAGGGAGGUUGAGAAGCGCCGCGCUAAUCUGCCCGAUGAUAUGUUGGAGAUUGCAAAGGCUAUCGGGCUUCGCAGGCUCAUUCUUACUCGAUACUUGGAUUUGCAGGCUGCAGGUUGGCCUCUCGGAUUUUUAAUGAGAUAUUGCUCAAUGCUGAGGGAUCGAAUGCUAGCGGAUCCUUCUUUUCUAUUCAAAGUUGGAACAGAGAUUGUGAUAGACUCUUGUUGUGCGACUUUUGCUGAAGUUCAAAAAAGAGGAAAGGACUUCUGGGCAGAAUUUGAAUUGUAUGCUGCUGAUCUUUUGGUUGGCAUUGUUGUUGACAUUGCUUUAGUUGGUAUGUUAGCUCCUUAUGUCCGGUUCGGGAAGAAGUCAGUUUCAACUGGAUUGUUUGGACGCCUGCAGCAUGCAUGCGGAUCUCUUCCCAGCAGUGUUUUUGAAGCUGAGAGGCCAGGUUGUAGAUUUUCAUUGCAGCAGCGGAUUGCCACUUACUUCUAUAAGGGAGUGUUGUAUGGCUCAGUUGGAUUUGUGUGCGGCCUCAUUGGUCAAGGAAUAGCAAAUGUGAUUAUGAACGCUAAGAGGAGUAUCAAGAAGUCUGAAGAUGAUAUACCCGUUCCGCCUUUAGUGAAAAGUGCUGCACUGUGGGGUGUUUUCCUCGCAAUAUCUUCCAACACUCGUUACCAAAUCAUAAAUGGAUUGGAACGUGUUGUGGAAGCAUCACCAAUGGCAAAACGGAUUCCGCCUGUUGCAAUGGGCUUCACGGUUGGCAUAAGAUUUGCCAACAAUAUAUAUGGUGGGAUGCAGUUUGUAGAUUGGGCCAAGUUGAGUGGCGUGCAAUAGUGCGUCCCAUUUCUUUGAUAGUAUUAUCAUUCUUUUCUAUUUUAUGAUUUUAUUUGUUAAUUAGAGACUUGGUCAAGAUCGAGUGAAUAAGACAAUAUAAUCUUUACUUCUUUCUUCCUAUUUAAUUCUGGAUAUCCGGGUAAAUUGUGUUCUAUGAUCUGCUUAUCAUUGUUAUGUUUUCAGGUAUUAGAUUGUUGAGUUUAAUAAUUAUGUGGGAUU